ACACUCCAAAAUCCCAAAGCCGAAAACAUUCUGUGUUCCGAUACGCAACUAUUAUAACGAAUCCCCGCCGUCUCGCCUUUAGGGAUAAAUAAAAAAAGGAAAAUUUAUCGCGAAACGAACGAUGAUCAUUUAGUGAGAAUAUAUAUAUAAGAUAAGUGCAUCAUAAGAAGAGGAAACAACAACAACAGCCUGAAAAGAGGAACCCAUAAGAUCACGCAAAGAUGCCGCCAGGUAAAAAACCGAUUGGAUCUGAACCGAAAUCGAACACAAUCAAAGGGUACAAGCCGCCAUGGAUCAAAGAAGCUGCGGAAGCAAACAAAGAAACCGAAACACCUUGGGGAAUAAUGAAGAAAAGGGAUAUUAUAGAUCCGGAAGAUGCGAAGAGAAGGAACAGUAAACGCACCGAAGAAUCCGAUGACGAAGAAGACGACGAGUCAACUUCUUUUGCUAUUCCGCAAUUGCGAAAAGUUUCGGUGACGAAGGUGGAGCCUAAAGUGCAGGAAAACGGCGAAGAGAAGAUCUUCCAUAGGCCUCAGUUGAAAUCGGUGCGACAGAAGGAGCCAAAACCGGUGGUGAAGGAUAACAGUAAAAUUGCUAUUCCGAAAUUGAACAGCGUAAAAGUGGAGAAGAUGAAAGAGUUGCCACCGCCGCCGAAGAAAGAGACGCCGGAUUAUAGGCAGGUGCUCAAGAAGACGCCGACGCGUGACCGUUUAGACGACGAAAAGAAGCGCGGCAGCAUCAGCAUCCCGAUGGCACCGCCGAUGGCCCCACCGAUGCCGCCACCAGCACCGGCCAUGCCCAAAGCCCCCAAUGUGGACCCCCUUUCCCAACAUCAAAAGGCCAAAUUGGAUUCGCUCAGGUCGAGGCCCAAGACAAGACCCGACUGGACGGCAGUGCUGAAAGGCAUCGAGACUGGUCGCAAACUGAAACACGUGGAAUGCAACGAUCGCAGCAAACCUCUACUCACAGCAGUCAAAACCAAAGGGCAGUACUUGUACGAAAGUGAAAAGGAUAACGCGCACAAUGUACUUCUAAAGGCUAUCCAGCAGGGUGUCAAAUUGAACAGCGUCAAAACCAACGACAGAAGUAAACCUAAUUUGGAAGGACUCCGUAAAUUCAGGCGGCAAAUGACCAUCGAGGAACAGAUUCAAAAAUCAGUUUCCAUGGCUAGCAUACCGCCGGUGCACGAUAAUUCCUAUUCGUCAAUUAGCAAAAUGGAGGAGGCUGCAGCUGUGGCCGCCGAAGAAGUAGACGAGAUGGACGACAUCGACAAAGUGAGAGAUGAUCUUCAGAGCACCAAACAACUUCUAGCAAUAGAAAUGCGUAACAAAGAAGCCUUGGCGCGCGAAAAUAAACGUUUACUCACGAAAAUGCAGAACAUAGAAAAAGAUAAGAAUCUCGACAUCGAUAUAGCGAAAGCGGAAAAAGAGCACGACAAGAAGCGUGAACCAGACGAAAAACUGAUAAUAACCUUGAAGGCGGAAGUCGCGGAGGCGCGCAAGAAAUCCGAAGAUCUAGAGAAAAAGUACACGCAAACUGUUACCCAAUUGGACAACACUAAAUUUGAAUUGGAGGAAAUGAAGAGACGCAAUUCGGAGCUUGAGAAGAAACUGCAGGAGAUACUUUGUGGCAAGAAACUAUCGAUUUCUGAUAGAAGGGACAGUCAGGCUCCUCGCGGCGAGGACGAUUUCGAUAACAACUUGAGCAUCUCGGACACGGAUAGCGAUGAAGAGGAAACCGACGAGAAGCGGCAGAAACGAUUGACGCGUGAAGUGAAAAUGCUCUCAAAUAAAUUACGCAACUUCAAGAAUAAGGUGGACAACGCGAAGAAGGAACGCUUAGCCCUGAAAGAGAUCAUGAAGAAACAUCAAUCUUCUAUUAAAGAAGAAAAGAAACGUUACAAGCAACUUCAAAAGGAGGUUGAUAAAAUGGCAGCUUACAUGCGCGAAUCGGAGAGCGAAGAUGAUGAGGAUGAAGAUGAGGAGGAUGAGAAAGAGGAGAGCGAAACUGAUUCGAGCGAAAGCGACACCGAGUCUAGCGAGAGCGAAGACAGCGAAUCGGAAAAGUCGCAGAGCGAACCGGAAGAUUCACCUCCAGAAAAGAAGAAAGAGAAUCUGAUCGGUCGUACGAGGCGCCACGAAAAUCGUCUGGCAGCAUUGAAAAAGACCAAUUUCAUGCUGAAGACGAGCGCAGAGCGAUUGCAGGACGAUCUGAAUAUACAAAAGGAGAUGACGCAUUCGCUCCAGGAGGAUCUGGAUUCGGUGCUCGCCGAAUUGGGAUAGUAGUCCCGAUCAACUAUAAAUUACAACAACCGCUUUUUAUAUUUGUUUUUAUUUAUUUAUUUUUUGCUUUAGUUAAUUAAGUUUGUAUAACAUAUGUAAUUUAUUUGAAAUACGAAGAAUGCUUUACGAGUGUCCCGGACCAACAAACAAAUGAAGAAAAAAAAAAUGAACAUCUUCAAACUUUCAAUGUUCGACGUAAACAAACAUUUUAUAACCUAACAUUUGUGUUUGUAUUUUCGCGAAGCGAAGGAAUAAUUAAACGAUUGGGAUCUACAGAA